GUGACGUCACAGUGAUGUGGUAUGCUUAAUAACCGGCGGCUGCCGAUUCACUUUCGUAGCGCUCGUCGUGAGAACCGGUCAAGACAUCAAACCGGAAAUUUAGAUUAUUAGGGACCCAUAUAUUGUGUCAUUGUUAAAGAACCAAGAUGGCAGAGGAGGCAAUUAAAAAGAAGGAAGAACCAAAGCGCGCUCAGCGUGCAACAUCCAACGUUUUUGCCAUGUUUCGCCAGGCGCAGGUUCAGGAAUUCAAAGAGGCAUUCACCAUGAUUGACCAAAACAGGGAUGGCAUCAUCGACAUUGAAGAUCUUAAAGAUAUGUACUCAAAUCUUGGAAGGAUCCCUCCAGAUGAUGAACUGAAGGAGAUGUUGAGCGAGGCUCCUGGUCCUCUCAAUUUCACCAUGUUCCUCAAUCUGUUCGGUGAAAAACUCAGCGGCACUGAUCCAGAAGACACAAUCAGGAAUGCGUUUGCCAUGUUUGACGAAUCUGGAAAAGGCUACCUCCCAGAAGAAUACAUCAAGGACUUGCUAACAAAUAUGGGUGAUAACUUUACACAGGAUGAACUUAGACAAACGUGGAAAGAGGCACCUAUAGAAAAGGGACAGUUUGACUACAAUGCCUUCACUUCACUCCUUAAGGGUAAACAGGCGGAAGAGGAGCAAGCAUAAGAUACCAGCCAAUCUAGGAGCCUACCCACACCACUCUCCUGUGAAUCCCACCACUGGGCCAACGUCGGGCCACGUCAUCCCACCCCAUGGGUCAAGUCGACUGGUCCUUACCAGGCAGUAUUAACUAUUGGACCGGAAGAUGGCCAUUCAUGGGUCUGGGUUCAGCGGUAGCUGCAAAAGAUAUGACGUAAAAUGGAAAAUGUAUUCUUCGCCAAAAAAGAAAAGACAAACAAUUAAAUUGAGUGACUGUCUCAAAGAGAUUCAUAGGCGAAUGGUGUGAUUCGUAUAGUUUUCACUUUUUUUUUUUUUCCAUUGAAACCUAGCGGGCCAAAGAGUGUACCGCAUUCCAUUUCUGCUUGGACAAAAAUUAUAUUACAUCAAGAGAGACAGGGCUUGAAAAAGCGGGUCCGACGAGCGCUCUAAAGUCACAGGUUGCUGUUGGUUUCAUCGAAGUUUGGCUCUGUGCUCUGUUUGGUACAUUUCGAAAAACUCUAGCCUUCAGAAAUACGUUACAGAGGAGUUGUCAUGGUAACGUAGGAACUGGGAACCAACGUUGCCGUAAACACUCCUCGCCAAAUCUGUUGGCCCGGUAGGUUUCGAUAAUCCGAAACCGGUUUUAGUAUUUGAACUUUGGGACCGGUCCACUAAAACCCCUCCACCACCUACCACCCUCUUAUCCUUAAUACAUCACUAUAGGAUUUGCAGUUUAUUGGUUUCCACUAUAACAGUAUAUAGAUUUUUAUUUAUUUAUUAAAUCUCUCUAGCUGUAUUCUCGAGGAACAAAUAUCAUUUUAUCAAGGGGUUGGGAAAGGGUGGCAAGUAAAAACAAAAAAAAAUGCGAAAUUAUCCCAGGUCAUCUCAGUUUUAUAUGUGUGUAAUAUUUGUUAUAAUGUCCGACCUGUCGUCAUAUAAAACCUCCAAUGAGAGCAAUAUAUACAUUAUCAACCGGGCGGUAUGUAUAAUAUCAACCGGGUGGCGUGCGAGCUUGUCUGAUUGUACAGGUAGAACAAGUACUUGGUCUACUGGGGACGUUGUGUCUCUUUGCAUGUUUUCAACCUGAUGUGGAUUGUUUUUGUUUUUUUUCCUGUGUCUUAUUUAUUUAAUAAAACCUCUGUGCACAGAGA